AUGGCCUCUCUCAUUUUGAACCUCUCACAGAAGCAUAAACUCAAGUCACCUAUAACAAUCUCAGUCAAUACACUCAACUCUGCCCCGUUCAUUAGUCUCAUCUCUCAAGUGUCCCACUUCUUAAUUCUUUCAUCGAUUGUGUCAAUUCGACCAUGUUCGAGGUUCCAGAUGCCAAACGGUAGGCCCCUUCAUUCACACUCUCUCAUACAUGCGCUAACAUAUUUUCGUAUCAGAGUGAGGAGGGAAGACCUCUACUCGUCUUCUGACGAGGGGGAAGUGCACAGGUAUAUAUCUUCAGAACAAGAUGCCAGCCUUCUCCGGCAAAAACUCUCAAGUCUCUUAGCCAUCAACCUCGCUGCGCCACCACAACAUGAGGCCGAGGGUGAUGUCUCCAUGGCCGAUGCAGACCAAGAGACACAACCACCACUAGAAAAUGAAGAGAACCAAGAAGAAGAAUUUUCGUUCCGGCUCUUCUCAUCAGCACCAACACAAAAAGUAGUGCUUGCGCCGAAAGAGGAUGAGCUACAGGCCUCAACAGAGGAAAUACCCUUCAAAGAACGGCCUCUCAGUUAUUACAUACAAGAGCCCCUCACCCCCGAACAGCAAGAGCAAAUACGACACUCCGCCAUGUCGGCCCAAGACAUUCUGGCGCUAUCGAAACAAAGAGCGUGGGGUCUAGAGGUACCAUGGAGGGUGACGAAGAUUGAGAUUGUGGCCACCAAAAAACCCACAACAAUGACUGCUGGAGGCAAGAUUGUAGAAGAGGGAGAUAAGAAGAAAAAGAGGCCAGGAAAGAAGACCAGGAUCAAGCUUCGAAUCAGGGAACAGAAGCGCAAGGAAGAAGAGAGCAAGAAGCUCACAAAGGAAGAGCACCUUAAGGAGAAGAAGAAGCGACUGAACAGGGAGAAGAAGUUGAAGAGAAGGCAGAAGGAAAAGGCCAAGAAGGCUGCGAAUGGAACUGCUGGCGACCAAGACGGGGCCGACAAAAUGUCAGAGGAUGGAGAUAGUGGUGAAGAAUGA